AUGAAUUAAAUUAAUGUAAUUAUAGCUACAGGGUCUUAUGAUCAUACAAUAAGAUUAUGGAAUCCUUUAAAUUAGAAAUAAAUAGCAAGUGUUGAAUAUUCAUAAAAUAAGAAAUAAAAUUAAGCAUAAAUAUCAAAAAAUUCAUUCUUAAUAAAUCGAAUUGAAGUUUCCUAAGAUAGAUUAUAUUUAGGAGGUGCAGGCAGUUUUGCUGCCUAUAUAUAUGAUUUAAAUUAAUUUUCAGAAAGACCUAAAAAUAUAUAUGAAGGAUAUUAAAGUAAUGUGACAUCUAUAGGAUUUAAAUAAAAUAAUAAAUGGAUUUAUACAAGUUCAGAAGACGGAUGCAUUAAAAUACAUGAUUUAAAUAUGUAAGGAAAUGCUAAAUGUUUUUAAAGUAAAGAACCUGUAAAUUAAGCAGUAUUACAUCCAGAUGAAGUUUAAAUUAUUUCAGGAGAUUAAUAAGGAAAUGUAAAAAUAUGGGAUUUAAGAAAAGAUUAAUGUCGAGUUAAAUUUGUAAAUAUUAUAUAUACAUUUUUUAUAUUAAUAUAUAAUAUAUAGACUCCAGCACCUGAUAUUGGUGUAAGGUCAGUUUCUAUAGCUUAAAACGGAUCUAUUUUUUGUGCGGCAGAUUCUUCUGGCUUUGUUCAUAUCUGGAAUAUGAUAAAAAAUGAUGUAAAUUAAUAUUAAGUAUAUUUUUAUUUUUUAUUUCGAUAUAUAUAAGAAUAUUUAAUUUUAAAAAAAACAAAACAAAACGUAAACAAAAUAAAAAAUAAAAAAAGAUAAUUGGUAACCUGUAGUGCUGAUAAAACUAUAAAACUAUGGAGUUUAAAUGAAUAAAGUAAAAAAUUCGAAUUUAAAACAACAUUAUAUGGGCACUCAAAAUGGGUUUGGGAUGUCGCAUAUGGAUGUGAUUCAUCUUAUUUAUUAAGUGGAUCAAGUGAUGGUAUAGCUAAAUUAUGGAGAUUAGAAGAAAAAGUAUAGACUUGUGAUAAAACAUUUAAAGGGCACAAAUAGGCUAUAAAUUGUAUUGCAUUUAAAGAUUCUUGA